AUGGCGCCCCUGGUGCAGGCUCUCGCGAGUGGCCUCGCCCUGACUGGCUCAGCGCUCGCGGUCGCCCAUAGACCGGACGUCGACCCUCUGGUCGAGUCCCAGAUUUUAACGGAUCCUUAUGCAUAUGAUUUCCCCCGGCUCGGAGCCCCGGGCGCGUCGCUGUUCCCCAUGCGUCUCUGCCAUGGGGUCAAGCUGGAGGAGGCCAGUGUGGAUGAUCUUCAGAAGCACAUGAGUAAUGGCUCCCUGACCAGCGUCCAGCUGUUGGACUGUUAUCUCGACCGUAUCUACCAGACCCAGCCCUAUCUAAAUGCUAUUUUACAGCUUAACCCAGACGCUCACUCCAUUGCCCGGAAGCUAGAUGAGGAGCGUGCCAAGGGCAAGGUUCGCGGUCCUCUGCAUGGAAUUCCUUUCAUUGUCAAGGACAACAUUGCCACGAAGGACCGCAUGGAGACUACCGCGGGGUGCUGGGCUUUGCUUGGCAGCGUUGUGCCUCGCGACUCCUUUGUGGUUCACGGUAUGCGCAAGGCCGGUGCUCUGCUGCUGGGCAAAGGUGCUCUGAGUGAGUGGGCGGACAUGCGCUCGAACAACUAUUCCGAGGGUUUCACGGCUCGUGGUGGUCAGUGCCGCAGUGCUUACAACUUCACCGUCAAUCCGGGCGGGAGCAGCACUGGCUCUGGUGUGGCCGUUGGUGCCAACCUGAUUCCCAUCGCUCUUGGUACUGAGACCGACGGAAGUGUUAUCAACCCUGCCCAGAGAAAUGCCAUCGUUGGCAUCAAGCCCACCGUCGGUCUGACUUCUCGUUCUGGCGUCAUUCCCGAGUCUUUGCACCAGGACACUGUCGGCACCUUUGGAAAGACCGUCCGCGAUGCGGUAUACACCCUCGAUGCCAUCUACGGUAUCGACACCCGUGACAACUACACCCUUGCGCAGAAGGGUUUGACUCCCAAGGGUGGCUACACACAGUACCUGGCCAACAAGGAUGUCCUUAAAGAUGCCGUCUUCGGCCUCCCAUGGAAGUCCUUCUGGACUCUUGGUGAUGCCCGGCAAAUUGCUCAGCUAGAGGAGUUGCUCGAUCUGAUCAAGUCUGCCGGUGCGACCAUCAUAAACGGUACCGAGCUCCCCCAUUACCAGGAGAUCGUGUCGACUAACGGCUGGAAUUGGGACUACGGCUCGACCCGUGGGUACAUCAAUGAGUCGGAGUACUCCUACAUCAAGGUUGACUUCUACAACAACCUGCGCGACUAUCUCGCCGAGGUCGACAAUACCAACAUCAAGUCCCUCGAGGAUGUCGUCAAGUACAACGAGGACAACUUUGGCUCUGAAGGUGGCUUCCCUGGUGUUCACCCUGCCUUUGGCUCCGGGCAGGAUGGCCUCAUCGCCUCGCUGGAGAGCAAAGGGAUCAUGGAUGAGACUUACUUUUCGGCACUAGAGUACUGCCGUCGCACCACCCGCGAGGAGGGUAUCGAUGCUGCUCUGAAGCACGGGAACCGCACCUUAGACGGCCUCCUGGUGCCUCCCGAUGUUGCCCAAAGCAUUCAGAUUGCCGCCCAGGCUGGUUAUCCUGUCAUCACCAUCCCAGCUGGUACCGGCGUCGAGUCUGGCAUGCCGUACGGCCUGGCUAUCAUGAACACUGCUUUCUCGGAGCCCACUCUAAUCAAAUAUGCCAGUGCCAUAGAGGAUCUUCAAAAGAGCUCUGGCACUAAGUGGCAGCGCACACUACCCGAGUGGCGCGGCUACCUCCAGCGCAACUUGCCCGUGAUCAUGUAA